AUGGAGCGCAGUCGUGGUGUUCCAGAUGAGGAGAUGUUUCUCAGCAAGCCUGCCCCUGAAGACUGCGACAGCCCUACCGUUGAACCUUUGCGCAUAUUCAAGCCUCAGAGCCCCCAACCCGCAAAAGAUGGCAGAUCAUCUGCUUUCCGAUAUCCUGCGCCUCCUUCGUCCACAUCUCCCGCCUCUAAGCACUCUUUUCCUUUACCUCCUGGCGCCUCCAGCUCUGCGGCUCCCUUGCCGUUCCCGGACGACGACGACGUUCGCAAACCAACUCCUGCGAAGCCCUUCGGCUCUGCAUACAACGACACCAGCCCUCGUCUAGAAACUAGCCCACUAGGAAAGAAACCUGGCCUCGCUGAGCGAAGAGGAGCUGCCCCAAAACCUAUCAGCUCUCCCACAAGUCCUGACGCCGACAUCGAUCUUUUCCAACGUCCUCUGGCCGAUAGCCACCGCCCUGGCUCCUCCAACAGCAAUUAUCCCAGCUAUCAAAAAACGUACUAUCCGCCGCCUGGUGCUGCAUCCGGCUCAUCAAGCAAUGCACCGGCCCAGCCUGCCGCUGUCCAGCAACUCAAGAUGCACGACCAAGGAGUAAAUCGCUUUGCUUCAACUGCCUCGACUUCAACGACCCGGGCAAGCCGUGGCUCGCCCCCCCCUCCCGAAACCCCGAUUGUGGAGCCAGGAC